UUAAAGCUCCGGGCAGAGAGGGAGAGAGUCGCAGGACAGACACGGCCAGCACCACAACUCCGAGCUGAAACGCAUUCAGCAGUAAGUCAUGUGGACUGUAUUUAGAUGAUUUGCUCUCACUAGAACGGCCGUCCGCCUCAAGACUCGGCGCUGUCAGCUGCCGAGUGCUCCGUGUGCCUCUUCAGAGAGAACGCAGAUGUGAUCAGGUCGUGCAGCGCUGUGAGAUGAGCAGGAGGUCCAGGGCUGCUGCUGCCUCCACCCUGCGCUGUGCGGCUGCUGGCACAUGCGACCAGCGGCCGGUGUGCAGAGCGCGAGUGCUGCUGCUGUGUCUGUGCAUCCUGCUGGCAUUUGCUCUCACUCUGGGACUGAUUUUGUCCGAAAAUGAAACGAGCAGCCUCGAAGACAUGCCAAUCAGAGUGCCAGAUCUGAACAAGGAUAAACUGACUCAUAGGCCAAGUAAGCCCACCGCAGCACAGGUGAAGCGCCUGGUCUCUGAGGUGAACUGGUCUCGGCUAUGGUAUGCCCAACUGCAACCUUUCCUCAUAGAGAGGCAUCCUGGGUCCCGUGGCAGCCGCACUGUUCGAAGGCACAUUUCCUCCCUGCUGGACUCUCUUUCUGCUGGCUGGUCAGUGGAAAUUGAUUCCUUCAACUCCAAAACCCCUCGUGGUCCAAUCAACUUCUCCAACAUACUUGCAGUGUUAGACCCCAAUGCUCCUCGUCGACUGCUACUGGCUUGCCACUAUGACACCAAGAUCAUGCCAUUAGCCUCUCGUGACCCGAAGCAGGUGUUCAUCGGGGCUACUGACUCAGCUGUUCCUUGUGCUAUGAUACUCGAGCUGGUCACUGCACUGGAUAUACACCUGAAAAUGCUCAAACAGCAGAUGGCUCAGGUGACUUUACAGUUGGUGUUCUUUGAUGGUGGGGAGGCCUUUGAAAAAUGGACUCCUUCUGACUCGUUGUAUGGUUCCCGACAUCUUGCUGAACACAUGUCCCGCAUUCCACAUCCUCCAGGCUCUGAGCAUACUACGUUGCUGCACGCUGUGGAUCUCUUUGUUCUGUUGGAUGUAAUUGGAGCCCCAAGUCCUAUGUUUGUGAAUCAUUUUGAGAACACAGCUCGCUGGUUUGAGCAACUUGUUUCUGCAGAAAAGAGACUUCAUAAGCUGGGCCUGCUGUCUUUCCACCCCAGUGAGCAGAUUUACUUCCGGAAAGAUGUAAUCAUGGAUCCAGUAGAAGAUGACCAUAUGCCUUUCCUUCAGAGGGGAGUUCCUGUGCUGCACAUGAUUGCGACACCCUUCCCGUCUUACUGGCACACAAUGGAGGACACAGCAGACAAGGUCCACAGUCACACUGUAGAGAAUCUAACCAAAGUCCUGGUGGUCUUUCUAGCAGAAUAUCUUGGACUAUAGAAUAACCAUGGAACCAACCACAUCCUUCAUGAAAUCUGUACCUCAUUAUCAUGACAUUGAGCACAAGCAGAAUUCAGAAAUAUGAAAGAUGGCAGAGCCCUUGGUUUGGUGGUCCAGUGUUCAGAGUUGUACGCUAUUUGAAAAAGGGGUGUUGAGUAGCUCUUUAUGGUUGUUAUUCUAGGUGCAACCUUUGAAAACCACAACCUUCAUGAAAUCUGUACCUCACUAUCAUGAUACUGAGCUCAAGCAGAAUUCAGAAAUGUAAAAGAUGACAUCAAACUGCUCUGAAUGAUUUUGUUCACAGCUUAAAGAUUUAACUAUAUUUCAAAAUAUGAAAAAUUUUUGAAUUACACAUUAUAGUAUUGAUGAAGGUUGUCCUAAGACAGGGUCUCCAACCUUUACUCAUAUACACAAGCUACUUUUCAGGGAAAAAAACAUUCUGUGUGUUGCAUAAAAUCAGUUUCCCAGCACAUUCAAUAUAUCCCAUGUUUAGUUUGGAUUCCAUUCCAUAACCAUUUUUCAUUCAAUCUUUGCAAAACCAAGCAUGUUUUCAAGAGAGCUUGUCAACAUGUUUGGUCCUUAUUCAGUUCACACUUAACUAAUGUUUUUUUGUGCUUGUUGAGAUGGUGCCUUUCUACAGAUCCACGCCUGGUCAAAUUACAUAUUUGAUCGUCUAGGUGAAAAUAAGUUAACACCUCCUCUACAGGGAACAAACUUAAAUAUGACAUUUUUCAGCUCAUUUUAGUGAACCAUUUUAAAUACUUUUGAGUUUAAAA